CUUUCAGCCGGUGGGGGCAGCCUAGCAGGAGAGCCGCUCUACCUGGAGCGGGCGGGCGGGCAGGUAGGCUGCGCCUCACUCGCGACGAGGACAUGAGCGCAUGACGCGCGGGAGGGGACGGGUCUCUUUGGCGGAGCCGCUGAGGGAAAGAAACCUCGCCGGGAAGGCGGAAGAAGGAACCUCGUCAUUCCCGGGAUUUUUGCGCAUUCCUUCCCCGCCUGAAGCGAGCUUGCAAGUCUCUCCUGGGACAGGAAAGCUGCGUAGAGAAAGGCUGAGCGCGGUGAGGCUGCGUUGCGCCAAAAAGAAACAGGCGCCUUCUUGGUUCCGCUCCCGGUGGUUGUGGGAGCGCAGGGCGCCCGCGAGGUGUGGUUGCGAGUGAGGAGGCGGCGGCGGCAGGAAGGUGCUGUUGGUUGAGCCUUGGGAGAAAAGUGCCCGGGCGAAAAGCGGCACUUGAAGAGUCCGGGAGUUCCCAUUUCUGAGAGGCAUCCAGUGCGCUCCAAUAUCUGGCUGCUCGGAAAGAAGUCCCCUUGUUGAAGCCACUGAGACUUACUCCCAGGUGGCUUGACGCUGAUACCCGUUAUGUGCGUGGCUCCUGCUUCCUGUGCACACAUAUUUCUGAUUUUCUGUAAGAUGGUGGAACUGGGAAAGGACCACAAAUGUCUUCAAGGAAUGCAUCAUCAGAGCGCAGACCAGGACAACACAGUCGGUCAGUCCAUUAUGAUGAAGUGAAUGUGGAUUCUUCUUCUUCAGAAGAUGCUGAAAGGGAUUUUCAAGAUGCUGGACACAUACUUAACACAGAUCCCUUGCCACCACCUCUUCCACUACAGCCACCCUUUGGCCCUGAAUUUUAUCCAAGUGACAGCGAAGAAACUGCUGGGGCCUCUGAUCUUAAACCAGUGAGAAAAUUCAUUCCAGACUCGUGGAAAAACUUCUUCAAAGGGAAAAGAGAUGGCCCUGAAUGGAAUAAGCCAGUAGCUGCGAUUUCUGGUGGAGCUGAAUGCUCUCCGCCAUCAUCUCCAACACUUACCCCGGUGAAGCCAGGCAAUACCUCAGUUCCAAGCUCUUACCAGGAUCCUUAUGGAGGAUCUGGGGGAACCUACAAUUCACGGAAAGAAGCUGAAGCUAUGCUUCCACAAGAUCCCUACGGCUCCCUAGACAGGCACACACAAACUGUUCUAGCAUACAGUGAGAAAGUAGAAGCCUUUAAUUUGAGAUACUCUUACAUGAAAUCUUGGGCCGGCUUGCUCAGGAUCCUGGGAGUUGCCGAACUGCUGUUGGGUGCAGCUGUGUUUGCCUGUGUUACAGCUUACAUUCACAAGGACAAUGAGUGGUACAACUUGUAUGGCUACUCCCAGCCACAUGGGGCAAGCAGCAUGUAUGGAUAUGGAGGGGGAAGCAGCAUGUAUGGAGGCUAUUACUACAGUGGGCCUAAAACCCCUUUUGUUCUUGUUCUUGCAGCACUUGUUUGGAUAGUGACUGUUAUAAUUCUAGUACUUGGUAUGUCCAUGUAUUACAGGACAAUUCUUCUAGAUUCCCACUGGUGGCCUUUAACCGAGUUUGGAAUUAAUGUUGCCUUGUUUAUUUUGUAUAUGACAGCUGCGAUAGUCUAUGUGAAUGAUGCUAACAGAGGAGGACUUUGCUACUACCCAUUAUUUAAUACGCCAAUGAAUGCAAUGUUUUGCCGAAUAGAAGGGGGGCAGACAGCUGCAAUUAUCUUCUUGUUUGUAACAAUGAUAAUCUAUCUUGUUGGCGCAAUCGUUUGCCUAAAACUAUGGAGGCAUGAAAGUGCACGGAAACAGCGAGAGCUUAUGCAACAAGAGAUGAUAACGACGCAAUCUUUUGCACCAAAAAGGAUGUAUGAAGAUGGCAGUCCCAAAGCAGCAACAAACGCAAAGAACUUCAAGUCUGUGGAACUGAAACCUGAACUACUCAAUGGCCAUAUACCUGCAGGACAUAUUCCUAAACCUAUAGUGAUGCCAGACUACUUAGCGAAAUACCCAGCAAUUCGUUCAGAUGAGGAAAGAGACCGAUAUAAAGCUGUGUUUAAUGAUCAGUUUUCUGAAUAUAAAGAGCUUUCUGCUGAGGUUCAUGCGGUCUUAAAGAAAUUUGAUGAGCUAGAUGCGUUGAUGCAGAAGCUUCCUCAGCAGCCUGGAAACACUCUUGAACAUGACAGAAUUGCAAAUGUUUUGCAACAGUAUAGAAAGAAGAAGAAUGAUCCCACAUUUCUUGAGAAAAAAGAACGUUGUGAAUAUCUAAAGAAAAAGCUUUCUCACAUAAAACAGAGAAUUCAAGAUUAUGACAAAGUUAUGAACUGGAAUGCUUAGGGGGACUUUAUUUGCAAGGUUUUAGUUCAGUGGUUUUUUAUAUUUAUUUAUUGCCAUAACUGUAUAAACAUUCUGCUGUGAAAUGAAUUUUUUAAUCUUGUGAAAUUGUAUUACUGGGCUGACUGGCACAUAAUGCUAAACCAUGGUUUACUGCUAUUUGCACAAGCUGGAACAAGAUUGAGCAAAGCCUUGGCUUUCUGUGCUUCUCCUCUCAUGCAGCUGAGGGGACUUUGGUUUCCAGCUAAUCUGGGUUUGCCAUUCAGAAUCGGAGACCGUGGAUUAAAACUAUGCUAAGUUUUUGAAACAAGCCAUCUUCAAACCAUUAUGAAGCUGGCUUGUUUAACUAACCAGGAUUUCAAACAAGUUUUUCUUUUGCUAUUAACAAGAAGUCUGGGUUAAUGGAAACGAAAAGUACAUGCUAGCAUAUAUUCCUUCUUUCAGCCCCAUAGGACGAGAAGGGAAGAAUGAGUGCUUAAACCCAAGGCUUUAGUCAUACUUUGGGUUGCGAAUGCUGCGAGUUGUGCGUUUUCAGGUUACGGACGCGCCAAACCCAGAAGUACCGGAACAGGUUACUUCUGGGUUUCGGCGCUCAUGCAGAACCGCUAAAUUGCACUUUGCGCAUGUGCAAAAGCGCCAGAUCACGUCAUGCGCAGACGCGACACUGCAGGUUGUGAACGCUGCGGGUUGCGAACGUGCCUCUCGCAUGGAUCACGUUCGUAACCUGAGGUUCCACUGUACUUGGACUCCUUCCUUUUUCCCACAUGGUUUAGCAUUGUGUGUGAGACAGGCCGUUAUCUUGAACAAAUUUUAAGGUUUUAGUUCAUUUAUGUAAAUUUUGUACUUUAUGUUCCUGCUCCUUGAUCAUAUAUAAAUGCAAUUUAAUUUGAGUGUU